GCGCUUCAAGCUAGGACUACGUCAUUGUCAAUAGUCUAGGCCACCCCAAACUAUCCCAUAACUACACCACCAUGUUCGCCCGGAUUGAACUGCGCAGAGUCGGUCCUCAAUUCCCUACACUUCAUCUCCUCACUCCUCCAUAACCACGUCGACCGCCUCCGAAGUCUGACACCUAUCUCGAGUCGUCCGACCUACGAGCGCACCAUGGCGACACAAACACAGACAUCCAAUGAUGCAUCCAAAGCGCCCCUGCCAGGGGGUCACCAUUCACACUCUCAAGCGAAUGGCGCAGGACCAGACAUGAAAUGCCCGGAUCCCUCGGCUCACACCACAAAGGGCACAGCCUUGCAGAACCAGGCUUCCAACGCUGCCCUCUACGUGACCAACCCCGGGCGCGGAUCUAAUCAACGAGACUUCACCAAGGGCUCUCCCUUGGAUUCUAACGGCAAGCUCUCUUCUGCAAGUGCUGCCACCAGCCUCAAGCACGCUCGACCGCAAGACCUGCCCAGCUUCCCCAUCGUCGGAAUAGAUACACUAGCCUCCGCAGGCGCUGCUGCCACCCUUGCGAACGCGAACACGAAAUCGCCAGAGUGGUGGAAGCCGGACAGCUCCGACGCUGCAGGCAAGGCCGCGUUCCUCGCAAAAGACUACAAGAUGGCACCUCUAUGGCAGCCCGAAGCAAGCGCAGCUGGAUCGAAGGCAGCGUUGCUAGCAGCGAACAGAGGCGGGAAGGUCGAUCUUUGGAUGCCAGAGGCAAGCGCCGACGGCAAUUCUGCUGCCAACAUUGCAAUGCGAACCAAGGGACUGAGCCCAGAGCUUGAUCGUGGAUACACCAAGGAUGGAAGCAAGAGAGCUCUGAUGGCUGCCAAUGGAGCGACAUCAGAAUCGGCUCGUAGAAAGCGAGCUGGCUCUACGCCUGCUCCCCUCCCUUCAUACCCAGAUUCUGCCAAUUCUGCGAGGAAUGCGCUUAGUGCUGCUACCUUCGCAAAUCGACCUCCGACAAAGGCUGCUCCCCAAGGAGACAAAAUGGCAUCCCCGGCCAUGGAAGCGGCUCGAAUACAGCACAAUAAGUCAAUUCCGAGGGCAAUGUAUACCGAGCAUCCUCCUGUCAAGAUAGAAACCGACGAGAUAAAUCACCAGAACGCGCUCCGCGCUUCGGCGAUUUCAAUGGCGAAGCAGAUGUACAAUAUCCAACAAACGCACAUCGAUGAAGCCAGAGCCAGUAGAGCUGCUUCGCAAGGACAAUCAGCAGCUGCUUUUGCACACGGCCAAACCCCCGCCACGACGGAUGGGGACGUCAAAGAACAAGCGAUGCAGUUCAUCCACGUGCAAGAAGCUGCACAAAGACUUGCUGCAGAACGCCUCGCCAGGAUCCCAGUUGACAACGAGGCUGCGUAUCGCAACUACUACGGUUACGAAAAUAAGCAACGCUCGAGACUCUCCGUCCGUGGGAGGAGGCGGGCUGCUAGCGAUCCAGAGGAGGCUGACUCGGACGAUGAAUUCCGGGCUCGUCGAAUCCGCGCCCAGACUUCCCAGUUCAGCAACACGCUUGCUCAAGUUGACGCGAAGAAACGUACUCAGGAUCGACAGAAUCUGAUGGCGGCUGCAGAAAGAAAGGUCAAGGCUCAGAUGCUUGGUAUGGACGACAAAGUCUUCAACGAGACGGGGAAGAUGUCACCGGCCAUGAUGGAGGAAUGGGAAAACAAAGCGCGUGCAAAAGCAGCAGCUGACAGCGAGGCCCGCAUGGUGAAUCACGGCAAGGUGCAUGUAGGCGGUGGAAAGUUCAUGGACCAAUCAGAUAUUGAUGCUGUUGCUGCCGCGAGGAUACAGCCUACCUUGGACGAGAUCAACGAUGCUACCGAGAAGCAGAGGGCGAGGGAUGAAGAGAUCAGGCUCGACAACGAAGAGAAGAAGCGCGAGACUCGCACUGAGAAGGAAAGAGCUGCAGCGUUGAAGGCUGAAGAGAAACGCGUCAAAGGCGAAGAGAAAGCCGCGGCACGCUCUGAAAAGGAAGCCGAAAAGGCCAAACGCGCCGAAGAGAAGCGGAUUCAAAAGGAGGAGAAACGCAAAUCUAAGGACGCUCCGAAGACCACCGAGCUCGAACCUCCCACCACUGCCGCCUCAGCUACAGUCGUUGGGACCGAGGAGAACGAUGACGACCUCUACGAGCCCCCAACACCGGUAGUGGCUCCCCCCACCGUUCCAGAGACAUUAGACUCUGCUCAGCCUAAACCAGUUGCGUCGGAGGAGCCAACAUCCCCAACAUCCCCUACAUCCCCUACAUCACCUACGUCACCUACGUCACCCACGUCCCCUACAUCUCCAACUAAAUCGGAUUCUAAGGGCCUCAAGGGCAUCUUCAGCAAGUUCAAGAGCCGCCGCUCUAAACACGAGCCUGGAAAACUUUCGUUUUCAGGCGGCUCUGCCCUAACAGGGGCAAGGGCUAAAGAGCAGGAGACUCCAGCUUCGACCACCCAUCACGAGGGAGCCGCCACGCCUACCCGCGCCCGAUCCCCGAGCAUAUCCUCGCUGUCUGACGAUGACGAGGAAGCCAACACUAGAGGUCGCCAGAGGCCAGCACGCAACACCAGCGGGAUCAGUGGCGUGAGUGGCGUGAGUCGAGAGGAGGAGUUUGAGGAGGCGCGCGACACAUUCGACGCCGGUCUUGUCCCGCCGCCGACUUUCGAGAGUGAAGCAGGCGCUGCGGCCAGGAAAGGGGGGAGCCCGAAUCGGGAUAGCAAGUUUCAGGAAAUCUUGUGAGAGAUUGGAGAAUUGCGCUUCGUCUCCUUUGUUGUGCUGAGACGCACGGUAUGAUACCUUUUGUUUCUUUGGGCCUAAGAGCUGCAAUGGUUGAGCAGUCAGGAAUUGAGGUGUUUGCGUUGCUUUGCGUUAGCUUGAAAUUGUCUCAUGAGCACACGGCAUUUGGCAGUACCGUAGUAACACGAUAGUUCUCCGGACUAAACCACGAUUACUUAAGCGUAUUCAUGACCUAUGCAACACCCCUCUCCCAAGGUCUGAGAUGAUAUAUAUGUAAAUGUCGUGGAUUGCAUGCCAGAGUAUGUAACGCAGAUGAGAAAUUCUCCCAGAUUCCUGUCAUCAAUAACGUCGCUAGCGAGCUAGGAAGGAAUGUAGGAAGGCCAAAAUUGCAGAUGAGAUGUCAGAAUUCAUUG